AUGAUUCCUCAGUCUCGCAAGCGAAAACAUAAAUUUCAUUCUCGUCCGUAUGGCGACCACCAUGCUACUACCUCGAACGACGCCGAAGGACCUGAUCCGGCACUCUUUAUUCAAGCAUAUGAAGCUGACAUCACCCGAGGCCCUCAAGCAGUGGCGGCUGCGCAGUCAUUAGAAGUAGAAUAUGCCGACGGUGGAACGCGCGUUGCGCAGAUCGGAGAUGGACUCAUUCGAUGGAACGGAAACCAAAGUCGAGGGGAGAGCAUGGAGUUUGAGGAGGAUUCUGUCUAUCUCGGACAUCGUGAAGAUAACUCCAGCAAGGCACAGCCAGAGGAGGAUCAGGACGCGAUAUGGGUGGAUAGGUAUGAUGCACGCCUAUUACUGGACACGUUGCCUCUUGCGCCUACACCAGCGGUUACUGCAGAACCGAGCUCACCUACGGGCUGGUCAGAUCUGCCUUCCGAUGCGGAAGACACAUUUUUCUUCACGCAAGAGGAGGCAGAAGAUUAUGGUCGAGAGAAGCGCAGACGUCUAUUUGAUAGAAACAGGGAAGAGCGGUUGAAAGCACUCAGAGCAGAGGAAAGGGACGACGAGGAAGUGAAACAAGAAGAGUGGGGUGGGAGCGACGAGGAGCCCGAUGAUCGGCAGAGAGAGCUGAUGCAGCGCACGGCGGCACAUGUCCUCAGUUCCCCCAAUCCCGCGCAAUUGGAGAUGCGCAUCCUUGCCAAUCAUGGCGCGGAUCGACGUUUCGCAUUUCUGCGAGGGCGCUGGUCAAGAACAUGGAAGACGGCCAAGAGUCGCGUGCGCCUGGAAAUGGAGAACGAGAACGCCGAGAAGCUUAAGCAGGCACGUCUCGGAUCUCUCGGGGGACUAGCAGGAUACGGAGAUAGCGACGAGGACAACGACGAGGAAGCUCAAUCACUACACGAAGCAGAAGGGGCCGAAGAGACAAAAGCGAUUGUGCUAGUUGAUACUGGUUCUGCAGCAGCAGGCGCUCCUGAUGCCGAUGACGAUGUGAGACGAGCAAGGCGAGCAAGAGCGAAGGAGUGGGCAGAGAAGCGCCGUGCUUCGCAGGCUAAUGGCGAACACAGUGGUUCACCUGGUCACCUGGACAUGGACAUUCUGAAUACGCAGCUGGAUGCGCUGCAGAAACGCCUGGCCUUUGUAGCAGUCGACCCUAUUGAUUGGAGGUUCUACGUCCAAGCGUUCUCGUGGGGCGUGUGUCUCUUUGAAUCGUACCUCUUGUUGCGCCAAUAUCCGCUAUACUCAAAGAAAGCACCUCCACCAUCGCUUGCAGAUCACUUCACUGCCGAUGUUUUUGCAAAAUCGCAAGCGUAUGGGAAGGACAAGGCGAGAUACCAGCUUGUGUCAGGGCUGUAUCACCAGGCUGUUCAGUCUGCAACGAUUCAAUAUGGGCUGUUCCCCUGGACUUGGGAGGUUGGAGGACGUUUACUUAAAUUUGGCGGUUACGGGCCGGAGCACAAAAUCCUCCAUUCGAUUGCAUUCGUGCUAGUACUCUCCUUCGUGUCCUCGCUCCCAGGUCUUCCGUUGUCCAUAUAUGAGACGUUUGUGCUGGAACAAAAGCACGGGUUCAAUAAGGUGACUCCGGGAUUGUUUGUCGCCGACCUCCUCAAGGGCUGGGCUAUUGGCCUUGUGAUACUACCGCCUUUCCUUGGUGUCUUCCUCUACAUUUUCGACUGGGCGGGCGAUCGGUUUAUACCCUGGCUCAUGGCAUUUUUGCUCGCGUUCCAAUUAAUUAUGGUGGUAAUUUACCCUGUGAUGAUCCAACCUUUGUUCAACAAGCUAUCUCCCCUUGGCGAAGGCGAAUUGCGGAGUAGAAUAGAAUCGCUAGCGACGAAACUCAAAUUUCCGCUGACGCACCUCUAUGAGAUUGACGGAUCGAAGCGGAGCUCGCAUAGCAACGCUUAUUUUUAUGGGCUUCCCUGGAGCAAGCACAUCGUGAUCUUCGAUACGCUCAUUAAACAAAGCAAGCCAGACGAGGUUGAGGCGGUGCUAGCACAUGAACUCGGACACUGGUAUUAUAUGCAUCCGUCGAAGCUCCUCAUCGUCUCGCAGCUGCACAUCUUCACCAUCUUGGCGCUCUUCCCCGCAUUCCUGCACGCUCCCCCCGUACUACGCUCCUUUGACUUCUCCAAGGCGAUUGCAGCAGAUCCGCCCACAAUCCUAGCCUUCUUUCUCUUCCAAAACAUCAUCAUGCCAAUUGAAGCUGUCGUCGGAAUUGCGAUGAACGCUGUGAGCCGCCGCUUUGAAUACCAGGCGGACCGUUUCGCCUGCGAACUACAGACUAUGCUCAAGGAGCAGAGCAUGAGUGACAUGGGCGACCGCCUUGGUCGUGCACUGAUAACUUUACAUGUGAAGAAUCUAUCCACUGUUUGGGUUGACUGGCUGUAUUCUGCCUAUCAUCAUUCGCACCCCACACUGACGGAGCGGCUCAAAGCCUUGGAAGGGUUCGGUGCUGGAGCGGAGAAGAAGGAGCUAUGA